AUGUCGAGGCCACCGCCACAGCAAUGUGGGAAUUCCACACCGGAACGACCAUACAUCGAUUCGGUCCCCCGCACUCAACACCGCGGUUCGAUACCCAUGCCCUAUCCAUACCGACAUGAACCUCGACAGAUUAUACAGAGCUCGAGCUAUGAGCGUCCUAUACUCGGGGCGCCACCCAUUGGCCCAAGGCUUCCUGCCUUGGUUGUUCCGGAGAGAAGUGCAGAUCCACGAUACAUGCUCUCGUCCGACAAUGCCUACAUGAACACACAACCUAUGCCACAAGCACUCCCACUGCGAACAUACCAGCAACCCUUGGGAAGCUCUGAUGCCCGCAGUUAUUACAACCCAUAUGAAGAGAGAACAUACCCAACUUCGAGCCAUGCCCGUGACUAUGAUAGUCACCGGAGCUGGACAUACGACGUGGAGUCCCAGUAA